UGUUUCAGUUCAUGUUCAAAUGUCUAUUCUUUAUAUUCUUGCAGAUGGCUGAUGGUCCAACCAUCGUUUUCUUUGACCUGCAGACCACUGGAUAUGACUCUCCAUGGUGUCACAUCACACAGUUGUCAGCCAUCUGUGGAAACAAAACAUUUAAUGUCUACACCCUCCCCCGCCGGCGCAUCCAUCCAGCCGCCAGUCGACUGACAGGCUUCACCGUCUAUUGUGACCAGCUGUAUCUGCGCGGAAGAUGUGUUGGGACCAUGCCUAUUUAUCAUGCUCUCACCUCCUUCCUCAACUAUCUUAGCAACUUGGACGGCCACGGUCCCAUGCUGCUAGCUGCCCACAAUGCAAAGGGGUUUGAUAUACCCGUGCUCAACAGAUUGCUGGAAAGGUUUUCCCUCUGCUUGUGGUUCCAGGAGGUGGUGUCUGGGUAUGUGGAUACCUUAUUGCUAAGCAGGAACCUCUGUCCUCGUCAUCUACAUCCGGGCAUCAAGUAUUCUCAGAAGUUUCUGGUCGACUACUGCCUGAGAGAAUCCUACGAUGCCUAUAAUGCAAUGAAGAAUGCCAUGAAGCUGCAGAAGCUGUUCAACUGUUGGAGUCCCACAAGCGUGCAGAUUAAGGAAUUUACCUUUCCCCGAUGAAAAAUUUAAAAAAGAUACAAAAGCCCCCAAUAUUGUAUUUAAAUUUUAAUCCCAUCGUGUAAUCCCAGUUGGUUGGACAGUCUGGUAUUUUAAACAUUGAGAAGAAAAUGACAGGUAGAUUCAAUUUCUUGUUUGAAAAGAUGUCUUUUCUUUUUCCAACCCUGUAGAUUAUAUUCACAAAUGUAUGUUCCUUUUGAGCAUAACAUACAUUACAUAACAUACAGUUUACAAUAAAGGUAACCUAUUGGGUUACAUUUACUGUUUCUCACCCAAACAUAGGCGUUUCCUAAAGAAAGAUGUGAACUUCCUUCCUCAACAUUUUCAAAGAUGAUUUUUGAUAUAUAUUUUUAAAACCAGUGUUUUUCCACACUCA